AUGUGGGCGGUGAACAAUGCUGGGAGAGGUCUCUUUAAAGAAAUCACAGAAGUAACUGCUGAAGAUUACUCAACAAUUAUGGGUACAAACUUUGAGUCAGCUUACCAUCUAUGUCAGCUGGCACACCCACUUUUCAGGGCAUCAGGGAAGGGAAGCGUUGUCUUCAUCUCUUCUAUUGCUGGUCUCGUAGGCUUGCCACGACUUUCUAUCUAUGCAGCGUCUAAAGGUAUGCCAACUUAA